CAGCUCCGAUCACGUGAUCGGAGCUCCGUGUUUAUACAACUACUAUUUACUGUACAUCUGAUGAGGUAUUUGUGAUUCCCGGAGGGACAAUGUGAUAGUGGUGAUAGAUGACCUGGAGGACAGCGGCAAGAGAGAGAAGAAAAGGAUUCUGGACACUCAGCCCAGCCUCAUGCAACACGCCCGGAAUCUGCUCCUGGUCACUGGAAAAGAGAAACAGGAGGGAAAAUAUAUUCUGGAGAAACUGAGGGAUGCUCUACUGACUACAGUAUGUCUGGAGGAUGAACCCAAACUCCAUAGACCACCAGCUAAUGUGAAACUGGGGACUGUUGGGAUCUUCUCUAGAUCUGCUCCAUCUGAUUAUGCCUGGAUGGAGACUCUGCUUAGAUCCUCAGAACUUCAUGAUAUCAUUCAGGAUGUCAGAACCUUAUACAUCUCCAACACAGCAUAUGUAGCAUUUUUUGAUGAGGUCCGUCACUGCAAAUUCGGGAUCCUGUAUCACACCAAGAACAGAGGGAGAGUAAAUAUUACCAAUGUGACGGAUUCUCUGUAUGAUAAAGAACUGCAGCAUAUGUCAACGGUGCUGGGGAGGGACAAUGUGAUAGUGGUGAUAGAUGACCUGGAGGACAGCGGCAAGAGAGAGAAGAAAAGGAUUCUGGACACUCAGCCCAGCAUCAUGCAACACGCCCGGAAUCUGCUCCUGGUCACUGGAAGAGAGAAACAGGAGGGAAAAUAUAUUCUGGAGAAACUGAGGGAUGCUCUACUGACUACAGCUGCGGAUAAUGACAUACAGGAGACUGGAUACUCGGAGAAGGACGACCCUUGCACAGUGAACCUUAUAGAGUUUUAGUAACAGAUUUGUUAAGAUUGCAAUGCGCAGCCUAGCUGCAAAGGACUCCGCCAUGUUUUGCACCGCAGCGACAGCGACUGCGUGUGACAUCACAAAAAUGGCACAGCCACACCCCCAUUUUCCCCGCAAUGCUGCGUCACUGCCCCCGACCACCCGUGCGAACGCCUAUGCCUGUCAAUCAAGCAGAGACAUUCGCUUUGUGAGAUACGAUCGUACCUCCCUUGCCCGCGCAGUGUGGGCCCUGAUUGUGCGCACUUAGCAUAUAUUCGGCAACACAGUAGCAACCCAUGCCCCCUUAAUAACACCCCAAUAGCAAUGAUGUGGCACAUACCAAAGCCAAGGGGAUCAAUGAACAGUCCAAUAAGAAAACCGAUAAUGAAAAUGAUGCAGAAUAUUCCAUUUUAAUAUUAUUGUAACAGCGCAAAUUGCUAGUAUGUAUUAUAACUGCACCGUGAGUGGUAGAGACUCACUGCUAGAAUUAGGGUUUUGGUUUAAAGCUCAGUGAUAGA